CUUUUUCUACAUAGUGGUAACCCUAAGUUGGUGUUAUUAUGUUGGCCAUAGUGAUGAGUUGAAGCCGGUGGUUGGCUGGCAGGCUUGAUAAUUUCUUUUCCCAUCCGUAGCCGAUUGGUGUCGUGCUAUCCAAAUGGGUAAGCCCCGUGGUAUACGCACGGCGCGAAAGCACGUGAAUCAUCGCCGCGAGCAGCGAUGGGCUGAUAAAGAUUACAAGAAAGCCCACAUGGGUACGAGGUGGAAGGCCAAUCCCUUCGGUGGUGCAUCUCACGCUAAGGGCAUCGUCCUGGAGAAAGUUGGAGUUGAAGCUAAGCAGCCCAACUCUGCCAUCCGCAAGUGUGUGCGUGUCCAACUGAUCAAAAACGGCAAGAAAGUAACAGCAUUCGUGCCCCGGGACGGUUGUCUCAACCACAUUGAAGAGAACGACGAAGUCCUAGUAGCAGGAUUCGGUCGUAAGGGUCACGCCGUUGGUGACAUUCCCGGAGUCAGGUUUAAGGUCGUGAAGGUGGCCAACGUCUCCCUCCUCGCCUUGUACAAAGAAAAGAAGGAAAGGCCACGUUCGUAAGCGUGACUUACACUGUGAUAAGUGACCUGCUGCUGCAAAGCUGUGUUGUUUAUAAGUGUACAUUAUAAAAUGUAAAUCCAAGUACAUAAUAAAUUGUGUACGCCAA